AAUGUUCUGUUGCAGUGGAAAAAAGAAAUAAAGAGAAUAAAUUGUCUCCACUAAAAAUAAGAGUAAGAUCUUAACUGUAUUUUUUUAAUAAAAUGUUGUAUAGGAAUUCUCAGAAGAAAUAAAUGAUGAAGCAAUGACUCUCUACUAAUCACCAUACUGUCAAAACAUAUCAAUAAUGUUUUAAUAUCCAGCAGAUCCGAAUUCAAUGAGGUAAACAAUAUGGGCAUAUUGAUUUAGAACAGGUUCUAAUACUAAGAUUACUAGAUCUGUUGAACGCUUGACUAAUGCUCUUCCUAAAAUUGUGCCUAGAAAAACAUCAUUCAAUAGCUUUAAAUACAGUAAAACUAAUUAGAAUACAAAAUUUGUUUCCACAAAAAAAGGAUUUACCUUAUUAGUGACAAACACUAAUCCUUGUUGAU